CUUAAACUCAUUCCAAGCGUCCCAAACCUUCGUUCAACUAGCCCACAGUCCCAUUUAGUUUGCGAUUCUCGCGGUCGGCCGCGCGCUCCCCGCGCUCAAUGGCCUUCGACGCCAGCGGCGCCCUCCAAAGCUGUUAUGGAGCUAAGGAGGACGCGAACAUGGACCCGGCAGCUGGCCUGGUGCCUCUGACGAGCUCUCUGAUACCGCCCCUGCUGGCUCACGCCUUUGCGCUCCCGCAACUAGCCCAGGCACCCGCGCCCGCACAGUUGCAGCCUCAGGCCACAGCCCAGGGCUAUUAUGGCUCCAUGCUCAGCCCAGCGCUUAUGGGAGCGCUCGGCUAUGCGACUGGCGCGUCUUACGCGCCGGUCCAGCAACAACAACCAUCGCACCUCGCGAGCCUGCAGUAUGGCUAUCUGCACGCGCUUGCCACGGCAAGCCAGCAGCAACAGCAACAACAGCAGCAACAGCAGCAUUCUGCUGCGGCUCUUCUGGCGCAUGCACACAACGCAGCAGCCCUUGCGGCCGUGCGCGCUGGCCAGGCGACCUCAUCGGCAAUGUCACAUCCACUUCCUCCGGCUGCAUCUGCGGACACGGGCUCGGCUCGGGGGGCGGGACCCUCCGCGAGCGAGCCCGAGCGCGCUGCGUCGGCAUCGGUCGCAACCAACUCGUCGGGUAGCGCGCUUCGGGGCUCUUCCGCCUCCUACGGCUCCGCAGCAGCAGCAGCGGCUUACGCACAUCCACUAAUGGGCCUAUACGCCGCGCUGUCGCAGCAGCAGCAACAAGCGGCCGCUUACGGAGCCAGCCCGGCAAACAGCUAUGGCGCGAUGGCGCCUUUCACGACGCACCUCCACCCCGCGUACUACGCCCGGCCCCAGGACGCCGGUCAGGCAGCUGCCGCAGCGGCAGCCGCAGCCGCGGCUGCAGGAGCUUACGGAUAUGCGCAGCCCACAGCCUCGUACGGCAGUAGCUUUGGCCACCCCGCCAGCAGCUACGGCGGCGCGCCCUCCUCCAUACUCGACUUCUCCUCCUCCCUGGCAGCAGCCUACCGGCCAGUGGCCAUGCCCGCAAUGCCGGCGGCCUCAGCCCUCGCCGCCGCCGCGGCGGUGGCGGCAGCGGCCGGCGCCAUGCCGCAGACGUCUCAGUCCGUUGGCAUGACGGGCGCGGUGGCGGCGGGCGGCGGCGCCAACGGUGCCGUCAGCAGCCUCGGCGGCGGCGCGGCGGGAAUGAUGGGGGAGGAGUAUGCGGACGACGGCACCACGCGCGCCGUGAAGCGGCCGCGGCUGGUGUGGACGCCGCAGCUGCACCGCAAGUUUGAGAGCGCGGUGAUCAAGUUGGGCGAGGACAAGGCCGUGCCCAAGACCAUCAUGCAGGAGAUGAACAUUGACGGCCUCACUCGCGAGAAUGUGGCCAGCCACCUGCAGAAGUACCGCAUGAUCAAGCGCCGCGACGUGACCGGCACCAGCAGUGACGGCGGCCGCGACUCCGGCACCACCGCCGCGCCCACCAGCGCCGGCACCGCCGCAGCCGCGCAGCGGCAGGCGCAGCAACAGCAGCAGCGCCCCUCUGACGGCGCCACCGCCGCCGAUGGCACCGCCGGCUGCUCGCCGGCAGCCGUUAGCUCGCCAGCCGUGGCGGCGGCUGCGCCGCCAUCAACAGCUGCUGCUGCCGCCACGCCCUCGGCGCCGCACAGUGCUCACAAGCCGUCCACGCAUGGCCAGGGCAGUAGUGGCAGCGGCGGCAGCGGCUGUGGUGGUAGCGGCAGUGGCAGUGGUGGCCACGGCAGUGGCAGCUCAGCUCGCGCGGGCUCGAAACGGAGUGAGCCCGAGCCGCCGUCUCGGCCGACGCCUCAGCGUGCGGUGGCGGUGACGGAGGCCGCGCUGGCGUCGUCAGCGCAUCCGGCUGGCAGUAGCGGCAGCGGCCGCAACAGCGCGGGCGGCAGUGCUGCCGCCGCCACUGCUGCGGCCGCGGGCAAUGGCGUUGCGGUGAUGGCGUGAGCCGCGCGGCGCCGUGGCGUGAGGCGUGGCUGUCGAGCUCUCGCAGUCUCUGGCAAUGCGCUUCCGCGUGCUACUGCGUGUAGCAGGAGCAGCAGGAACACCGUUGAGCUCCUACGUCUUCUGUGUGACUCGCUACAGCUUAUCAGCUGCCUGGCAGGAGUGGCAGGCCCUCGCCGCCAAGUAGGCAGGGCAGGGCAGGAGGGCCCUGGCGCGCGCGUGUUCCCCGCGCAGCGGCGGAGCGGCCUUGUGGGUUUAGGGAGAUUGGUGUAUUUGGAAGUGCAGCAAUACUGCCUCGCGCUUUGUUUGACACGUAAGAGUUAUGACCGUGUUCGUUUGCGCUUUUGCGGUUGCUGUCAUGUAAAACGGCGUGCGGCAGGAACACAACCUAUUUGUCAGUGCGUGUGCAUACCUCAUACAAGUUGGAAUGCAACGCACGUCGGGGGUUCGCUAGAGGUCUGUCUUCGGUUUGAGGCCGGUUGAGGUCCACUAAGCAAGCAUGCACGACAUUAUUAUCGUUACACGAAGAUGGCGAAUCCCUGAAGACAGUUGUUACCUGAUGAUACACCACAGUGUCUAUCCCCUCCCCGUUGACGAGGAUUGCCGUGUUUGUGUAUGUGUGCGGGGCGUGUGGCGCGAGCCGCGAGGGCGCAACAGUGUUGGUGGAAGGGCAGCAGCAUCGCGCCCGCAGCUGCACGGGCGACACGUGUUUGCCCCCAGGUUUUUGAGGCACGAUAUAGGCUUGUUCCAACCCUCAACUGUUUGUUUGUUUAUGCAUUAUUGUUGCAUGGAGUAAGUGGCCUGGUCCUUCAAUGACCGACAGAAGAAGCAAUUUGAAGGCAGCGCGGCCAGUGGGGCCGGCCCUAUGUGGGGCCAUAGCAAUCACAGCCGGUGUCAAACACGGCUGAUGGUGCCACGCCGGCUCUGCGGCGCGUGUGACGCAGCAUUGUUUGCAGGUGAUGCGGAUGGCUCAUUCCCUCCGUUCUCGAGUCGAGAACGUCCCACCGGGAGUUUGACUCGGCGGGCGUGGUGAAGACUCUUUCAGCGUUUCACAAGAGGGCGCGGUGCAGUGACGAGUGACAUGAGGACAUGACACAUUGUGAGUAGGGGCCUCGCCGUAAGCUGGCCGGUGGGGGCGGCCUAUCGCAUGGGCGGAGAGAAGCGCCGCGUGUUGUGGCACGUACCGCCCGCACGCGGCUCGCCCGUGCCUGCAGCACCACUAUCGCUUCCCAGCAAAUCUUACUGCUGUGUGUAGCCUGGUGGGGCGCAGGGCUCUGGACCGAUGGACGUCCGUCUCUUGACGUUCCGAUCUAGCUGCUUAGAUUGAUUGAUGCGGAGAGGCGCGUGUAGGGAGUGUAGGCACCUGGCGAGCGGGUGCUGGGGUUGGGUACGGCGGGGAGCCGCAUUGGCCUCCCGCUCGCCCGCAACCCCGGCACGCCUGCGCCUAAAGGGCCUAGCCCAACCCAACCCUUGGGUCGCCGGCACUGUUGUCAAAGUAUUGAGGCUGGUGGUUGCUGCUGGACUUCAACUUGGUCAAAGCUGAUACGCAGAGAGAGCGCUGCGAAUGUGGCACCACAGGCCCAUCACACGCCGUAACCUAUACCGUACGUUUAGUAGAGAGAAGUGAAGGCCCCGGGUUCCUCCUUGCUGAUAAGGGUGUGAUGCGUGUGUCCUGGCUUCUUCAGGGCCCGUGCACGUCUCGUCGUUUGUGGCUAUUCAUGUGUUCUUGUGGACGACGAGCGAUGGCGGGACACAAAUGGAACGUCACGUUGGUAAUCGUUUAGAUAUUCCAUUGGUGGCUGCCCCUGCUUUGAAGAACGAGUCUUGGCCUGUAACGGCUAGACACGGAGAUGCAAGCAAGGGACCCUGCCGUACAAACGGCGUAACGAAACUGAACUCGCCAGAAGUGAACACGCACGCACAAGGAGAACACGCAGCGGCUGUUUUAGACUUAAACAACGUCUUGCGUUUGCUAUCAAUGAACGCAGUCGGGUUUCGAUGCAUGUAUCUUGGCGCCGCCGCACACGCCACAUACAAAUGCGGGGCUUGAGUACCCUAGAGUGGAAGUUGCGUGGGGCGCACUUGGCUCGGCCCGGCCAUACAAUUGCAUUUCCUCGCCACCUGCGGCUGUAGGCAUCGACACUGGUCAAGGCACGGACACGGGCGCGAAGUUACCGGCUGGCGGUUGCGUGCUUGCAGCCAUCCUUUGGUGCCUACUGAUGCAGUGGAGUUGCCCGCUGUGAUUGCAGGGGGUAAAGCCGGUGUGCCGGCAAUAGGUAUGUGUGUGUAGGUGUUGUGGGUAGGUAGAAGCAGUGCAGCGGUCAAUUGCGCCCGUGCCCCAAGAAUUGAACUGGACAACUUCCGCUUGGGAAGGGAGUAGCAUUGCCUGGUGUGUUCCCCUGAAAGCGUGCUCGCAUUCAUUCACGAGGUGGUCCCGCUCGCGUCGUGCCUUUGGCCUUGGAACAGCGCGGUCCGUGUUGCAAACGUGGGGACGCAGCACUGUACACAGCACUGUAAGUCUGCAUCAGC